AUGAUGGAUGAGAUGAACAGUUGUGUAUUCACAAGAUCAGUGGAUCGCAGCGAAGACGACUCACCCCCUGUGUGUUUGGUAGAACUUAUAAAUUCCAAAACCAAAGUUACUGAAACUCAUGAAUCUGCCGAACUCUCUGGUGGUAAAUCAAAUAUGACCUUGCAAGAAAACUCGGGUAGUAGCUGUAAAGUCGAGGGAAUUUGCCCAAUUAAAUCUGGCUCCUCGUCAAUUUCGUUUCACGACUUAAAGUCUGAAUCUCCUUUACCAGCCGUGACAUCUUCAGAUGACAAAAGUGACAGUUUAUCAAAUACUCUUUCAUCGGAAAAUCAUCUACCUAGGUCAAUUGAUCUUGAAAACACUCACAUAUCAACUAGAAAAGAAUCGAGCUCACUUACUUCUGACCACCACGCUAGUAGGGAUGGUAAUGAAUCUCUAACUGGGGAAUAUUAUUUACAAUCUAAAGCGAAAAUGUCUACAUGUGAUCUCGAGACGGAAGAUGAAGAUGACGUGGACCUCGAAGAUCGACCAUUAACCGUCGAUACUCAAGAAUCUGAUGAAGUAUUACUCAAUGAGUCUUCAAAAAAGACAAUUCUCAGUACAAACAACCCCGUAUGCACUAUAUCUCAUUCAGUGACUGAAGAGAAAGAGGAUCCUACCUCCAGUGUUACAACUGCAAGUAAAACGUCAUUUGUCGUAAUCCACAACACGCCAUCCGCCGUUGUAUGUUUGUCUUCACCACCUUCGUCUUGCCAAUCUACACUUUCAGUUCAAAACUGCCAAUCUACUAGUGUUCCCAACAAAAAUUGCUCUUCAGAGGUACAUCAUACUAGUGCUCCUGUUGCUUUAGCAACUCCUUUCAAUGAAAUUUUAAGACCUAUUAAACCUGCUACACAAGAUACCCAGACAAAUACGGUUAUAAGCAAUCAGGCCACUCCUCAGACUGUUACAUCAAUAUUUCCUAGCAAGCAUGAAAUUGUUUCUACAACAUCAUCUGUAUCUUACAAUCCGAAAUCUAGUCAAAGUAGCACAAAUGAAAGACUUAGCUUUCCUGCGGUUAGUAUCACCAAACCUGCGUCUAUUGGCACAACUUCAGUCACAAUUUCUAUUGCUCCUACUAUUAACUCUUCUGUGAUUACUACUCACAGCAUGCCAAGUAUAUUCAAUGUUAGAACACGUCCAACGGUCGCUCAGUCAGUACUUCCAGUGUUGUCUGUUGGUCCACAACCAGCUCCAUCUCUCACCACACAAACUUCUCUUUCAUCAUUACAAUCUCAAUCUACCGUACACUUUAUGCCUUUUGUCGGUAAUAUGCCUGUCACAAUGCCAGUUUCUGCAACAUCUACCGGUUUAAGAAAUGUUAUAAAUCACAACCAGGCUAUACCAAUUGCUGGUACACCAACUGCACCAUGCCCUCCGCUUCAAAUUUUCAACAUGACACCCAUGCCACAAUUUAUGGGUACUCCUAGUUAUGUGCUACAUCCUACUGGGCCAGUUGCCGGUGCAAACAGCUUCCAGUUUCCUCAAGGAUCAACACACUUGCUACCUGGAUUAUCAGGAAGUGCGGGAGUCGGUGGGGCAACAUUCAAUUUUUUACAACCACAAAAUUAUCCGUCAACCAUUUUCCCUCAGCCUCCCACUAUACCUGAUCUACUGAUUGACCCACAAAAUCCUAUGGGUUUAGGACAUUCUGUUUUAACCCCACCUACAUCGAUCGCUCUCAUAAGUGCUAUAAAUAACCCUAGUUCAUCAUCCUUCACAUCAAUUUAUCCAACUCUUUUACAUCCACCCAACCAAAAUUUUUUCCCAACAUCAUCUACACAUUCUGGUCCAGUGUCCUAUCCAUAUUCAACUGCCUUAGCGGCUGGUACAAAUUUGGUGAAUGCAACUGCACCACAAAUGGCUACUUCCUUAGUUCCCGCUGCAGUUACAAACUUUCCAAAUAUCCAUAACUCAAACGAAACAAAUUUCAUGUUUCAAUCUGGACCGCCACACGGUACUUCUUUCAUUUCAAGUAAUUUCGCUCCAAAUCCGGGACAAUUGUUUCCGCCUUGUCAAUUCCCUACAUUUCCAAAUCUAUUUCAAACCAAUGAUAAUUGUUUAACUAAUACAUUUAUCUCAUCUAGUCUACCAACUGAUUUAACUUCUACUUGUGACACAAAAUCAUCUUUAAAUAUUAAUGGAAAUAGUCUUGGCGGUAAUAGUGGUACGUGUUUAUCAACUUAUUGGCCGUAUGUUAGUUCAAAUGAUCUAAUAAAUCCAACAUCUAUUGUUCAAGCCACCAAUUCAACUCAUCAAACAGAUUAUUUACAAUCUGUUAGUAAUAAUAGUUUAAAUGAUCGAAGUAAAAUGAACGAUGUCAAUACAGACAAUAGUGGUAUUUUAAACAAUCCUGAAAAUAUUAAUGGUGGGACUGCUACUACUACUACUACUACUACUACUACUACUACCACUAUUACCAUAAAUCCAUUAACUCAUGUACCAAUUAAUUCGUCAAUUAACAGUACGUUUACUACAAUAAACACUACUACCACUACUAGUAUCACCUCUACGUUAGAUAAUAAUAGUAAUAAUAACAGUAGUAAUAAUGGUAAUCAUAACAAAAAUAAUAUAGUCCCACUUAAUUCCUCGACAACUGUCCUACCAGCUAUACGUCGUCGCCGUCGAUUAUUCGCACAAAAUGGUAUUAAACCAAUUACAAAUGUGAUUCAAAGUCCUUUUCUAAACCAUACUAAUUCCAUGAAUGAUGAGAGUAAUAAUUCUACUGUGGUGAAUUCUACUGGUGAUGAUACAAAUAUUCCAACGGUAUCUGAUUCACAACUUUGUGCAGAUGUUAAUAAGAGUAAUGAUAAUGAUGAUAAUAAUAAUAAUAAUAUAGCAGUGUUGAUAAUGAUGUUGAUGAUAUCAUUAAUAUUAAUAGUGAUUCUCUAA